GUGUCCAUGCGACCCGGAGGAAUUUGACUAACGGACAAGAUGGACGCCGCAUCAAUGCUUUUAGUCGCCAGUGUUUUGAACAAAUUAUUUAGUUUUUAGCGUCUUUAAGUUCAUGUGAAGUCCAUCGUGUGUUUAAUAUCUUAUAGAUUAAAGAGUAUUUAAGCUUUAAGAAACAAAGAGGCGUCAGUAAAGUAGAUUUUAAGGCAACAUGGCGCUGUCCACACACGAGAGUUUCACCGGUGAGAUCACAACAGGUGAGCUGUCCCCGUGUGUCCCGGGACAGACGGGGACAGCUUCCACCCGGGAGGAGGCGGACGGACCCGGCGGGGAACGGACUCUGGUGUCCGGCUUCAAGCAGAUGAAGCUGGAGAAAGAAGCUCAGAAGAACUGGGACUUGUUCUACAAAAGAAACACCACGAACUUCUUCAAGGACAGACACUGGACCUGCAGAGAGUUCGAAGAGCUCCGAGCCUGCAGAGAGUUUGAGUCCCAGAGGCUGGUUCUGCUGGAGGCCGGCUGCGGUGUGGGGAACUGCCUCUUCCCCCUGCUGGAGGAAGACCUGAACAUCUUUGUUUACGCCUGUGACUUCUCUCCACGAGCUGUUGAGUUUGUCAAACGAAACCCUCUGUUCUGCCCUGAGCGCUGCUGUGCCUUCCAGUGCGAUUUAACCAAAGACGAUCUGAAGACAAAUGUCCCGGAGGGCAGCGUGGACGUCGUCACUCUCAUCUUCGUUCUGUCGGCCGUCCAUCCAGAUAAGAUGAAGCUGGCUUUGCAGAACAUCAGCAGGGUGCUGAAGCCUGGAGGCCUUGUCCUGUUUAGAGACUAUGGGCUGCACGACCACGCCAUGCUGCGCUUUAAAGCAGGCAGCAAACUGGGGGAGAACUUCUACGUACGGCAGGACGGCACCAGGUCGUACUUCUUCUCCAAAGAGUUUCUGGCUGAGCUCUUUGCGGACGCGGGCUUCCAGUCUGUUGCCAACGACUACGUCCUGAGAGAGACGGUCAACAAGAAGGAGGGGCUUUGUGUUCCCAGGGUGUUCCUGCAGAGCAAGUUCACCAAGCCUGACCAAUCAGACAGCUCCUGACGUCACAUGGUCGUCACUUGUCUCCUCAUGAAUCUCCAGAGACGAUCACGAGACUGAUGUGACCAGUUGAAACUUAACGGUGGAGAAGGUUCUUAUGUAGAACUGGUGACCUGAUCCUCACCGUGUUGGAUCUCUUUAGACCGUGAGGUGGGGGGGGUCUGGACCAUAACGCCUCCUCUGACUCGAGCCCUGACUCAUUGGAGCGGCUACUUCACCAUCAGAUGAAGACUUGUACUGGGAAUCUUAAAGAGGGAAAUACGUGGAACUUGUUUGUGCAUUCAGCCUCAGCCCUUAUCGCCAAAAGCUGAGUCUUGUGCUUUUUUCAAAGAUGACAUCUUGGUCUGUUUCUUCUACACGUAUGGUUCCUGUUUUUCAUCCUGAGAUAUUUGUAUUUUUCCAGUUUUGUACCAUUAGAAAUGUCAUCAACGCUGACUUUUCAGGACAUUUUUUCAAUCUCCCAUGAACAAACUCUUUUCCAGACAGUUUAUUUGGAGACUGGCAGGAAAAGUCCAGAAAAACAUCCAGAACGACUGAGUCAGACGUUUGCGUUCUGUCUUCGUUCUGUUUGACAUCUCGUGAAGGUGGUUAAAGAGGAAAGUGGUGUUUGAGUGUGUUGUCGGGACAAAAGGACCAAAGUUUCAACUCGAUGUACCUCAAACUUUUUCACUCAGUCCAAAAACAACUCUUGCAAUGACUCACAGGCUCCGACUGUAUGCGUGGCUUUAAACUUGAUUACGAAACUAUGCACGACCUACUGCAGUUUCCUGUCCUGUGGUCGGACAUGUGCAGCCUCUCUCUACUCGGGGUCACACCUUGUGCAUGAAAGCAAAGAAUCUACAGCCUCUUAUAUUAUGAGAUGGGAUGAAUCAUGUAAAUGCAAAUUGGACAGUAUCCUGGUUAAAGAUCAGAGGUAAAACAACAGAAUCGACUCUCAAACAGGGGACUUGCUCUGUGAAGAUGAGCUUUGUCCUUUUUACAGAUCACCAGAGUUUAGGUUCAUUCUGCUGCUUCUCGUGUGGCUCUCUGACCUUUUAGAAACCAAAAGCACAGAAGGAAACGGAACCAGGGCCGAGUGUUUCAAACACGCUUCAGCACUGAGAAUAAUUUUAGCUGCAGAUCAUUUCAGCAGCUUUUCACACCUCAGACCAGCCGACAGGAAAACCAGCAGGUUGAAGGUGUGGGCCGUCUCUAUAGAAAGUGACUCUACUUCUCACUUUAUAACCUCAGUAAACAUUAAGGAGUUUAUGUCUCUAGUUUCAAGUCUUCUUCAAAACAGCUGAUGUUCAUUUAUUAAGUGUAAGUUAGCUAUGUGUGGAUACUGAGUGAUGCUGACGUCUCGGUUGGUUCACACUCAAUGGAAUCAGAUUGCAGAGAAUGUUUUUUGGCAUAAGCCCCUUUUAUUGAUAUGACAGAGGUAAAGGGGGAG